AUGAUGUCUUCUUUAUCGCUAUAUACUGUUCAGGCUGUUUUAAUACUAGAUCAACAAGGAGAAAGAAUUUAUGCAAAAUAUUACCAACCUCCUCAUAGAACCGAUGACGGACACCAAUUGCUCUUCAAUUCCGUGAAGAAGCAAAAAGAGUUUGAGAAACAACUAUACCGUAAGACUCACAAGCAAGAUUCGGAGAUCUUGAUCUUCGAGGAUCGUUUAGUUCUUUACAAAGAAUACAUUGAUAUCACGAUAUAUUUAGUUGCUUCGCUGGAAGAGAAUGAAAUUGUUUUACAGCAAGGGUUUUCAGCAAUCAGAGGAGCUUUGGAUUUGAUUUUGAACUCAGGUCUGGACAAAAAAAACAUUCAAGAAAACUAUGAUAUGGUUUUAUUAGCUAUUGACGAAACCAUUGAUAAUGGUGUUAUCCUCGAAACUGACUCUAACACCAUUGCAUCCAGAGUUUCUAAACCACCCACAAACGAACCCCAAAUGGCAUUAGAUUUGGACAAGGGGUUCUUAGGCGCAUGGGGUUUUGCGAAGAGCAAGUUUCAAGAAAGGUUACAGCAAGGCUUAUGA